GAAAGCUACCAUGGAUAAAAUCUAAGACAAAUCUUUCUAAUUCUUGCUUACACCAAAAUAAGAGCAAGAAAGGUGAGGGUAAGUAUUCCACAAAUUCGGAUACUGACAUUUAUGAUACAAGCACUUCUUAUUUCUCCAAUUCAGGUCCAGAAGGUGUAU